AAUGGGCGACGGCAUGAGCGCGUAUGACCCCGUUUUCCAGACUUUUUUUCAUUUUUUGCACCCUAUAUGACCCUUGUCAAGUCUUUAUCUCCGAUUUUGACCUCAGCCACAGCAGCUUUAUCGCUCUUCCGGUAGGAUCCUUUCAUCUGUACCAUGGGUUCUGAUGCAUCCAAAAAUCCUCCUGCUUACUACCUUACGACCGACUCCAUGGUUCAAGGCAAUUCUGAGGUGGCGGUCGCAACACAACUCGACGGUCCAUCAUUGCUGCGUGACAAUGGGCGUAGUGAAAGCCACGAGGGCACCAAAGCAGAUGAAUCGGAUGAUGGGACAGCUACUUCCACCGACCGCGAACAUGAUACCAACGAUACUGCCAAGCCGGAUGCCCAGUCCGUAAAAGCCAACAACCAGGACCUACCGCUUGAAUCGCAAGCGAUGGUCGAACCCAUCAAGCAGGUCAACGCCCUUACGCCUUCCAACGAUCAACUUCUGGCCAAAUUGAAGGACAUCUACGCCAAGCUAUCGGUCGUCCAAGACCAAUGCGAAGAACUGGACUUAGCUGAGAUGCACCCAAGGGAUGGCCUGCUGGAUAUCACUAGGUACCUUUCGAUACUUCCGAAUUCCAUGUUGAUGCUGCUUCAGAAUAUCCAAACGAGGCUAGAUGAUACAAUUCGCACUUGGUACAUCAAGGCUCACAAAGAUGCGACAGAUGGAGAUAAGAAGCCGUUGACUAUUGAAUCGACCAGGAAUUUCCCUGCGACUUGCGAUGACUCGUCCACGGCCGCAGAUACCCGGUCUAUGAACACUACAGACAGCCCCGCGGCCUCGGAGGAGGCCCGUGACCAUCCCCACGUGUCAGAAAAGACUGCUUCUCAAGUUGGCAGCUCCGAGGAUCUUCUGCAUGGAUUCAUGGUGGCUCUAGAGCAGUGUGCCAUGAAGCAUGGAUGGUCUGAGUAUGAGGGAAUAGCUGCGGUCACGACGGCAGAAAUUGGCGAAGAAGGACGCCAGAAGGUGAUAGAAGAAAAACGCUUCCUCAUCAUCGGACACGAGUUGGUCGAGCAAAUCUUAAGAGACCUCCAGUUCGCCAAGGAGAAAGCAGAGAAGAAGGCCGCAUCCACAGUGAUCGGCGUCGCCUCAAGUUCGGGGUUAGAGUCCUUAUCGUCUUCUUCGGCUCCAGAUAAGAGACCCAAGACCGAACUGCCAACCUUAGUUGAGUUUAGGCGGCUGAGUGACCAGAGUUUGUACAAAAGGUUUGGCAGGGAUUACUAUGUGUUCGCUGGUAGCCAAUGGAUCCGCAGUCUCAAUGGGGAGAAGAUGUCAGCUCUCUUUGCGGUUCAUCGCACACUAUUACACGAAUACUAUGCCUUUUUCCUAGUAUCUCAGCACCCCAGCGCGACGGAAGAGCUUAAAAUGCUCGCAGCGAAGUAUGCCAUGCCGGCAAGAAUGUGGAGGCACGCCGUAUGCCCCCUUCUCGAGAUCUUUUGCACACGACUUGUCGAGUCUAAGGAAUUUAUGGAUGGUUAUAUCAUCGAGGCAUACAGUAUGAUGUCAUUACUGCAAGAGACUGUCCCGCGCUUCCAUAACACUUGGGUCGAAUGCAAGGCGGAUUUGGCCCGAUAUGGAAUGGUCACCCAAAGUGAUGACCGUCAAGCUACCCAGCACUGGCACGACAUUCCUAAAGAGCAUUACACUCAGGUCCAGAGCGAGAACCCCGUGGACGGUCGUAUCUACUACCAGCUGGCCAUGAUGGCGCGGCCCCAGAUUCGGCUUUCACCUGACGAAGCCUUCGAUGCCGCUGUGUCACAGCUUUUCUACCACACCAAGUCCCUCAUGGUAAAAACUCCGUAUUUCGCCGGGCGACGAUCUCUGUUGAGCGUUAUCCAACCGAUUGUUACCCGAAAUGAGGAGGGCGUCCCCCAGACCGACAAAGACCACUUCCUUACCGCUGUUUCUCACCUGAUUCUCGCUUCUCUGGAACCCGAGACUCUCAGAGGAAAUGGCUAUAAGGAGAGGAGGAACGAUCAUGUCCAGGCUGUAUAUACGGCACUAGAGAAUAUCAAGAUUGGUGCAACGGCCAAGACAUCCAGAAUUUCUCCAAGCCCCCAACUCGGCCUCUUGCUGUGCCAGUUGCUUCUGGGAAUCCCACUUGUCGAUCAAAGAUGGAGCCCCAUGAUGACGGCGUGGGCCCCCGGCCUUGUGACGGCCGAGGACCGCGCUGAUUCUGACGCAAUGGCCAACGCGAGGGAUGUUCACGAUGUUACGGUCGAGCUGAUCCACACCAUGAUUCCUUGCCUCUUGGAGGAUGUAGAUACGCGUGACUUAAAGGUGUGGGGAUUCAUCUACGUAAUCCUGGUCUUCAUGCGCUCCAUGAAGACACGACCCAGUUUGCUGGAAUGGCUCGGCUCGGCAUUCCAUCCGCACGUUCUGGCAUCCUUCCUCAACAUGCUUUUGCGUGAAGACGAGACUCGCGGCGACGCUGCCUCAAAGAGCGCAUCCCAUUCGGAACUCGUUACAAUUUGGUCGCCGCUUAACGAGAGAAAAAAGCCGGACAAGUACGGAUUCAGUACCGAAGACAGCAUCAAAAAGUUCUUGUGCGCAAAAGAGGAGUGUACGGCCCCGGGCGGAGAGACCACCGUGGAAGAGGCUAUGGCCAUUGACACCACACAUGAUAGAGACUCGGAACGGGGGUACGCCAACGUACUGCCGGAACACAACUUGCUUGUCGGCCACUUCUUUGCCAGACAGGCUGGGCUUGAACCCCGUGACAAAUCCCAGGAGAACCCCACCGAAAACGCCUUAGCCGUUGCCUGCCCACCAGCCCCCGAACCCACCCCAGCGACCGUACAGGCUGUCGAAGAAACAAUCGUUGAUCAAGCUCAUAAGGUAUCUCGAACAUAUUCUGAGCCAGACAAUGAAAGGGAACAUGAAUUUCUGGCGGUCCCUGAGUCGGAGGGCAAAGCACAAAAGGGUAGGCAGAUGAAGAGAAAAGCAUUAGAGGCACCGCCAGCAGAAGUUCAAGUGAAGGAGGCAGAAGCAGUGGAUGUAUCACUGGAAGAAGUGGAGAGGAAGGAGAGCCAAAACGAGGAUACGCGACAGCAAGACGCCCUGACCAAAGAGGUAGAAGCCAAGAAGGCAGAAGAGGGAGCCAAGCAGAAGCCGAGAGAAGCCGAGAAGGCGCGACUUGCAGAAGAGGCGAGGAAGAAGAAAGAAGCUGAAGAGGCAGAAGUGAGAAACUUGGAAGGGCGGCUUCGUGACCCCCCUCUCUUCCUCGGAGACUGGUUCAAGAACUCGAAAUACGACUACCACGAAAUGCAGGUUCACAACUAUGUCCAAAGCGCCGAGAUGCAUUACGAUCGAUCAAUCCAGAUUUUGUGCUUAGCUUAUCAGCUGAAAGGGCACUUCUUUGUCUUUGAAAUCGACGAGGAGGGACGUCAUUGGACCGGCGUUCCUGGAGCCUCAUCCAUACCAAAGCCUGACCCAAACAAGAAGAUGCCGGAAAUCAUCGAGCGAGACGGGGGCGCCAGAGUCGUUUAUGUCCAUCCGUCCUUCCAUGCUGCCGAGAUAGAGAGGGAGAUGAAGAGAAUAGCAAGGGAAAAGAGGAGGCAGAAAGAAAAGGAGGAAGCCAAGACUAAUACGGACGUGUUCACAAUUACAUAUGUCCACGAGAAGGCCGAGGGCGAUGCGGAAAUGCAACUUGCACACUCCGAGAAGCCGAUCAGCCACGAGGCACCAGACGCCACGGCUGUGGCAUCCGUCAUGGUAUCAGACGACGGCGAUAGUGAUCUGAUUUCGGCUCUCAAUACGCAGCUGGAUACGGCCACCCGUUUUGGGACAUCCACCACAGCUGCUGAUGAGCUAUUGAGUAUCCAUGGGACUGAGCAUACUGAGACCAAGGUGGAGGCGGUGCUCCCAAUGCGGGGCGUGAAAGACUCGAAAGAUACAAAGGGCAGCAACACAGAUCCGGACACAGCCGUAGCCUCCACAGUAGUCGCCGAAAAGACAGCCACUGAACCGCAGGCCACGGUUCAGCUGAGCAAGGAGAUGCUCGACAAUUUGCCAAGAGUGCAGAACCGUUUCAAGGCUAUCGAGCUCUGGAGAGAUGGAGUAAGGUCCUAGCGCGGCCGAGGGCCAUGAACAGUGAUGACGACGAGGACACCUGGGAACGCCUUAGCAAUGGAGACGCCGAGUCAGCGACAAGGUCUGUGUUUUCGUGGUUCGUGCUUGGGAGAGAGGCAUAGGAAAUUCUUACGAAUACUGUUUAAUGUAACGCUGUUCCUACAUGAUACAUUUAUAAGCCUAUUGUAUCACACUGCACAGCAACUAAAUCAACCAUUUGUUUAGGAAUAGGCAUUACUGUUAUUUAAUACUAGAACUAGAACCAGAUUUUGUAGAAACCUUCAACCUUUAGGCAUCCUUCGAAACAAACAGGCCAUC